AUGAAGGAUGACGAUUGUAAGGAGAAGUCUGAAAGGAAAAGGCAGAGGGAGAAGCAAAGACGGAGCGAAUUGACCAAUGCUUUUGAUGAUCUCUCGGCGAUGGUGUUGAAAAUGGACAAUCCCGACGACGAAGCAGGAGAAAGCUCCGGAAGGAAAAAGGGCAGGCGUUUGUCAAGUCGUAGCGAGGGAGAAAAUGACACUGGGGGGAUGACAAGAGUUGACUUGAUCAAUAGAGCUCUGACAAUCAUGAAGCGCUUGCAUCAGGAAAACAGAGAGCUCAAAGAAUCUCUUACACGAUCAGGUGGACGGGACAAGGGCUCUGCUGAGAUCAUGGUGAUGGUGCCAACUCUCACGCCUGCAGAUGAUGGAUCCCCGCCACCUCCAGGAGGGCCAGCUGUGGGAUCCUUUAGGCCUCCGUACAUGCCCGGUUUUGCUCCACUUACACAACAAGAACACGGACAACCACCUCCAUACGCUGGUCCACCGUCCAGAUACCCACCACCUCCACCACAACAGGGGGCAUGGGGCCCCUUUCCUCCUGGGGCUCCUCCAGCCCACUAUGCAGGUAGUGACAGAGGCCAUCGGUUGCCGCCACCCCCUCCACCACAUGAUGCCAUGCAGAGACGAUAA